CUCGCGACCCGGUUCUUUCCCCAUCCGCUCCUCGAGACCUAGCUCCGUGUCGCCAUCCGUCGGAGCCGCGGAACCCGCUCCUUCUCUGGACGAGGACACGCCUGCUCUCGUCGAGAAAACUUUUCUUGCCGACUUGGUCGGGGCGAAAGGGGCAGGAAGUCUGGGCGGCGACCUCUCUUCCGCCUGCCCCGCGUGCCCUGCCGGUCUCGGCUCUAGGCUCUCGACCAAGUUUGCGGGCGCUCCUUCCCGGCUGCUGGCCGGGUCCCGUCGGGCGGGACGACCGCACCCUGGGAGGGCUUCAGGUCGGGGCUAAGGUCGAGGCUCGUGGGGUCGGAGACAAGGUGCGGAGCGCGGCCCGAACCCUCACCCAGAGCACUAAGGGCGUACAUCUGGGGAAGUAGGGAGCCUCCGGUGGCCGCUUCCUGGAGUCCACAGUCCGGCUUCUCUUCUGGCCGGUGUGAGGACUGUCCUGGCCCCGAGUCUGUCGAGGAAAAUGAAGUUAAGCCGUCAGUUCACCGUGUUCGGCAGCGCGAUCUUCUGUGUGGUGAUCUUCUCGCUCUACCUGAUGCUGGAUCGGGGUCACUUAGACUACCCCAAGAGCCCGCGUCGCGAGGGCUCCUUUCCCCAGGGCCAACUCUCGAUGUUGCAAGAAAAAAUAGACCAUUUGGAGCGUUUGCUAGCUGAAAAUAAUGAGAUCAUCUCAAAUAUUAGAGACUCGGUCAUCAAUUUGAGUGGGUCUGUGGAGGAUGGCCCGAAAAGUUCCCAAGGCAAUUUCAGUCAAGGUGCUGGCUCACGUCUUCGGCUGUCCCCACAAUCAUCCCUCUCAAUCGACCCCAAAGACUGUCUGUUUGCUUCACAAAGUGGAAGUCAGAAUUCAGAUGUGCAGAUGUUGGAUGUUUACAGUCUAAUUCCUUUUGACAAUCCAGAUGGUGGAGUUUGGAAACAAGGAUUUGACAUUACUUACAAAACGGAUGAAUGGGACACUGAGCCCCUUCAGGUCUUUGUGGUACCUCAUUCCCAUAAUGACCCAGGUUGGUUGAAGACUUUCGAUGACUACUUUAGAGACAAGACUCAAUAUAUUUUUAAUAACAUGGUUAUAAAGCUGAAAGAAGACACAAGGAGGAAAUUUAUGUGGUCUGAGAUCUCUUACCUUUCAAAGUGGUGGGACACAAUAGAUACUCAAAAGAAGGAUGCUGUUAAAAGUCUAUUAGAAAAUGGUCAGUUUGAAAUUGUGACCGGUGGCUGGGUUAUGCCUGAUGAAGCGGCUGCACACUAUUUUGCCAUCAUUGACCAACUAAUUGAAGGACAUCAAUGGCUGGAAACAAAUCUAGGAGUGAAACCACGAUCUGGUUGGGCUAUUGACCCUUUUGGACAUUCACCAACAAUGGCUUAUCUUCUAAAACGUGCUGGAUUUUCUCACAUGCUUAUUCAGAGAGUUCAUUAUGCAAUUAAAAAACAUUUUGCAUUGCAUAAGACGCUGGAGUUUUUUUGGAGACAGAAUUGGGAUCUGGGAUCUGUCACAGAUAUUUUAUGUCACAUGAUGCCCUUCUACAGCUAUGAUAUCCCUCACACUUGUGGACCGGAUCCUAAAAUAUGCUGCCAGUUUGAUUUUAAACGACUUCCAGGAGGCAGAGUUGGUUGUCCUUGGGGAAUCGCUCCAGAAACAAUAUAUCCUGGAAAUGUCCAAAGCAGGGCUCAGAUGCUACUGGAUCAGUACCGAAAGAAGUCAAAGCUUUUCCGUACUAAAGUAGUCCUGGCCCCACUGGGAGAUGAUUUCCGCUACUGUGACCGCACAGAAUGGGAGCAGCAGUUCAAGAACUAUCAGCUGCUUUUUGACUAUAUGAACUCUCAGCCUCAAUUGAAUGUUAAGAUACAGUUUGGAACUUUAUCAGAUUAUUUUGAUGCACUGGAUAAAGCAGAUGUAAAUAGUGGAAAGAGUAGCCAAUCAAUCUUUCCUGUUUUAAGUGGAGAUUUCUUUACUUAUGCUGACCGGGAUGAUCAUUACUGGAGUGGCUACUUCACAUCCAGACCCUUUUACAAACGAAUGGAUAGAAUCAUGGAAUCUCAUUUGAGGGCUGCUGAAAUCCUUUACUAUUUCGCCUUGAGACAAGCUCAGAAAUACAAGAUAAACAAAUUUCUUUCCUCAUCACAUUACCUGGCACUGACAGAAGCCAGAAGGAAUCUGGGACUAUUUCAACAUCACGAUGCUAUCACAGGGACUGCAAAAGAUUGGGUGGUUGUGGACUAUGGGACCAGACUUUUUCAUUCAUUAAUGAAUUUGAAGAAGAUAAUUGGAGAUUCUGCACUUAUUCUUAUUUUGAAGGACAAGCACACAUAUGACUCUUACUCUUCUGAUAACUUCUUAGAGAUGGAUUUGGAACAAAAAUCACAAGAUUCUCUGCCACAAAAAAACAUAAUAAGACUGAGUGCGGAGUCAAGGUACCUUGUGGUCUACAAUCCUUCAGAACAAGACCGAAAUUCAGUGGUGUCAGUGUAUGUGACUUCUCCCACCCUGCAAGUGAUGUCUGCUUCAGGAAACCCUGUGGAAUUUCAAGUCAGUGCAGUUUGGGAGACAGCAAAUACUAUUUCACAAACAUCCUACGAGAUCUCUUUUCUAGCACAUACACCACCAUUGGGACUAAAAGUGUAUAAGAUUUUGGAAUCAACAAGUUCAAAGUCACUCUUAGCUGAUUAUGUUCUAUAUAAUGGUAAAACAGAAGUUGAAGGAAUUUUCAACAUAAAGAAUAUAAAAAAUGCUGAAGAAAAUAUAGUGCUAGAGAAUGCCUAUAUUAAGCUUCAGUUUGGUCAGUCUGGACUCAUGGAGGAAAUUAUAAAUAAGGAAGAUGGUAAGCGUCAUGAUGUAAAAUUGGAAUUUUCAUGGUAUGGAACGACAAGUAAAAAAGACAAAAGUGGUGCCUACCUUUUCUUACCUGAUGGGGAAGCCAAGCUUUAUGGGUACACAACACUGCCCUUUGUCAGAGUGACACGUGGAAGGAUUUACUCAGAAGUCACCUGCUUUUUUGAACAUGUUACACAUAGAGUGCGGCUCUACAACAUACAGGGAGUAGAAGGACAGUCUGUGGAAAUUUCCAAUAUUGUGGAUAUCAGGAAAGAAUAUAACCGUGAGAUUGCCAUGAGGAUUUCUUCUGAUAUAAACAACCAAAAUAGAUUUUAUACAGACCUUAAUGGAUAUCAGAUUCAACCUAGAAUGACAAUGAGCAAACUUCCUCUUCAAGCAAAUGUCUACCCAAUGACUACAAUGGCUUACAUCCAGGAUACUGACUAUCGGUUGACCCUUCUGUCUGCUCAGUCUUUAGGUGUUUCAAGUUUGAAAAGUGGUCAGAUUGAAGUUAUUAUGGAUCGAAGACUCAUGCAAGAUGAUAAUCGCGGCCUUGGGCAAGGUGUCCAUGAUAACAAGAUUACUGCCAAUUUAUUUAGAAUACUACUAGAAAAGAGAAGUGUCACUAAUAUGGAAGAAGAAAAGAAGUCGGUCAGUUACCCAUCUCUCCUUAGUCACCUAACUUCUUUGUUCCUGAAUCAUGCCGUCUUUGCAAUGACAGAAAAGGUCUCCUCGCCCACCCCUCAGCUGCUGGGUGAAUUCUCUCCGUUACUGUCAUCUUUGCCUUGUGACAUUCAUCUAGUUAAUCUGAGGACAAUACAGUCAAAGGUGGGUAAUGGGCAUUCCGAUGAGGCUGCCUUGAUCCUUCACAGGAAGGGGUUUGAUUGCCAGUUUCCGAGCAGAGACAUGGGGCUGCUUUGUUCUACUUCUCAGGGGAAGAUGUUGGUGCAGAAACUUUUUAACAAGUUUACUGUUGAAAGUCUCACGCCUUCGUCAUUAUCCUUGAUGCAUUCACCUGCAGACUCUCGAAAUAUAAGUGAGAUCAAUUUGAGUCCCAUGGAAAUCAGCACAUUUCGUAUCCGUUUGAGGUGAACCUGGCUUUUCACAUUUGGAUUGAGAAGCAUUGGCUUUUCACGUACCUUCUUGGUUUGACGUGCAAUAAAGAAGCACAUUAUUUUAGCUUCUGGCUACUGUGAGAACAUGCUUUCUAUGAUUUUUGUUUUUUCACCCCAAUUCAAUAAG